GAACAAGAUGAAAGUAUACAAUAACACUUUCUUAUGAAAUAUAAUCAUUUUAAAUAUUUUCCUGAAAAAUACUCGUUAUUAUGGAAUAUGUUUUUCUCAGUGAGGAAGAAGAUUAAGCAUGUACAUGUUCCUUUAAGAGCUGCACCUCAUCGUUUCCCGUUUUCACACGUAGGGGGGCAGAAGAAGGGGGGGAGCACAAAACAGAAUUGGAUGGGCAUCUUUUUUCUACCUGUUUUGCAUGUGGGAUAAAAAAAAAUCUGAAAAAUAUGUGGAAAUACAUGACCGCAAUUUAGUACAUUUGUAUAAGUAUAUGUAUAUGCAGAGAUGCGGCCAAAACUGCGAUGAUUUUGAAAUUAGUCUUCGAAUGUAAAGAGAGGAAUCCUGAGCUACAGCAAAGAAUUCUUAGAAAACCUGCUCUCUCUCUCUCUCUCUCUUUCCUUGACACCCUGCUCAAUCAGCUUCCUACCACUUGGCACAAUAUUGUUUGCUUCUGGUUUUGUAAUAGCUGUCAAGCUUCUUGUACAGUUUACUAUUUCUUUCUCAGAACCCUCCAUGGACUCACUCUGCUUCACUUCAUUAAGGAGGCAUGUGUAUAUAAAAAAAUUUACACACUGAUGUGUGCUGCAUUUUAGACUUACUUUCCAUUUAAAGAUCCCAGUGUACCAGUAAUAUCUGAGCCUCAACCUGAAACACUGAACAGGAAAGAAAAAUAAGCAAAUACAUACAAACAAGCAAACGUUAAACCUGUGGAUCUAGUAAGUGGUCGGCAUUAUCAAAAUCUGACAUCAUGAUGUGUGAAGUGAUGCCCACCAUCUCAGAGGACAGUAGAGGUGGCUCAUCUUCCCCUGCAGGUAGUGGAGCUGGUGGUGGAUAUGGAGGCCGUGGAGAUGAGGGGGGCAGCACCGGCAAUCUGGAGAGUCUCAUGGUGAACAUGCUUACUGAGAGAGAACGACUACUGGAGAGCCUGAGGGAGACUCAGGAAAGUCUGGGAACAGCCCAGCUCAGGCUAAGAGAGCUUGGCCAUGAAAAGGACUCUCUCCAGAGACAGUUGUCCAUUGCUCUUCCUCAGGAAUUUGCUGUGCUCACCAAGGAGCUGAACCUCUGCAGAGAGCAGUUGUUGGAAAGAGAAGAAGAGAUUGCUGAGCUGAAGGCAGAGCGAAAUAAUACACGGCUCCUGCUGGAACACCUGGAGUGUUUGGUAUCACGACAUGAGCGCUCAUUGAGGAUGACUGUGGUGAAGCGGCAAGCUCAGUCUCCAGCUGGAGUGUCCAGUGAGGUUGAGGUUCUAAAAGCUUUAAAAUCUCUCUUUGAGCAUCACAAAGCAUUGGAUGAAAAGGUACGUGAACGGUUGCGAGUGGCUUUAGAACGGGUAUCAGUCCUUGAAGAGGAGCUUUGUUCUUCAUCAAAAGAGAUACUCUCACUGAGAGAACAGAUUAAGAGGAAGCAACAGGGUUUGGACAAUGGCAAAGAGCGACUCACAAAUGGUCCUUCUACAGCCCUGGAUGAUGGAGAAAUUGAAAGACAGAGAGAGGGAGAGGUCGAGCGUCAGAGAACAGAGCUGUCUCAAUUGAGAGAGAGGCUUGCUCUCAUGUGUCGACAGAUAGGAGAGAUCGAGGAGCAGCUAGCUACAGCAAGAAGGGAGCUGUCAAAAUCAGAAGAGACAAAUCUUAAACUUCAGAGAGACGUGAAAGAGGCACUGUGUCAACGUGAGGACAUGGAGGAAAGGAUCACCACACUUGAGAGGCGAUACCUUAGUGCUCAAAGAGAAGCAACAUCUCUGCAUGAUGUAAAGGACAAAUUGGAGAAUGAACUUGCCAGCAAAGAGUCAUUAUACAGACAGAGUGAAGAGAAAAACCGACAGUUGCAGGAGUGGUUAGAAGAUGCCAAGCAAAAACUGCAGCAGACUCUCCAAAAGGCAGAGACACUGCCAGAGAUAGAGGCCCAGCUUGCCCAGAGGGUGGCAGCUCUUAACAAGGCAGAGGAGCGCCACGGGAAUUUUGAGGAGCGUCUCCGCCAGCUGGAAGCACAGCUAGAAGAGAAGAACCAAGAGCUACAAAGAGCUCGACAACGGGAGAGGAUGAAUGAUGAACACAAUAAGAGGCUCUCUGAGACCGUGGACAAGCUACUGUCUGAAUCCAAUGAGAGACUGCAGUUGCACCUCAAGGAGAGGAUGGCUGCCUUAGAGGAGAAGAAUUCCCUUUCAGAGGAGCUGGCCAAUAUGAAAAAAAUUCAGGAUGAUCUUCUAGCCAAUAAGGAACAGCUGAUAGCAGAGCUGGAGAGAGUACAGAUGGAGCUUGACCAGCUGAAAGGGCGCACUGGCUCAUACUCCAGGUCCCUUCCUGGCAGUGCUCUAGAACUUCGCUACUCACAGACAGGAGGCAGCCUCCCUUCCAGCUCAUCAACGCACAUUGAACACUAUAACAGCACCAGUGCUGUUAUGCGGCGUUCCCAUAAGGGACGUUGGGGACUUGUCAAGGAUGAACCUAACAAGUAUCAGGACUGGGAUCGAGCCAGCAUGCUAGCCAGUGUGGCUCAAGCAUUUGAAGGAGAUCUUGAGGGCGGCUGCUGCUCAGAUGAGGAUGACAGAGAUACCAUCUUCAGCUCUGCAGACCUGCUCUCCCCAAGUGGGCAAACUGAUGUCCAGACCCUUGCAAUCAUGCUGCAAGAACAGCUGGAGGCAAUUAACAAAGAGAUCAAGCUCAUCCAAGAGGAGAAAGAGACUACUGAACUACGGGCAGAAGAAAUUGAAAGCCGGGUCAGCAGUGUGGCCCUUGAUGGUAUACCACCACCUCCCACUUCUCUUGGGGGUCGUACCUACAUCCCUUCAUCUGUGACAUCAUCUACCUUGGCUAGCCCCUCUCCACCAAGUAGUGGGCACUCAACUCCCCGCUUGACUCACAGUCCAGCUCGAGAGACAGACAGACAGAAUAGCAUGUCAAAAGAUGAUGAUAAAUCUCUGGCUAUACUUGACUCCACUCCACCUCCAACACCUCGGGCAUUAAGGCUUGAUAGAAUGACACAUGCUCUUCAAGUGUCUAGUUUAGAAGAAGGUAGAGAAUUUAGGAGUCUAUCAGUAGAAGGAGGCAACACAAAUAGCAGUCAGGACUCUUUGCAUAAGGCAAGCAAGAAGAAAAGCAUCAAAUCCUCAAUUGGCCGACUAUUUGGAAAAAAAGAGAAAGGUCGACUAGGACAACAGGGUAGAGAGUCUACUUCUCUUGCUUCUACGCCUUCCGAUGAAAUGUCCCCCGCUGACCCUCUUGGAUUAUCUAAACUGUCUGGACCAGGUGACAAAGACAGACGCAGCAAGAAAAAACAUGAGCUGUUGGAGGAGGCCUGUCGGCAGGGCUUACCUUUUGCAUCUUGGGAUGGUCCCACUGUUGUGUCUUGGCUUGAGCUUUGGGUUGGCAUGCCAGCAUGGUAUGUGGCAGCCUGUCGUGCCAACGUGAAGAGUGGGGCUAUUAUGGCUAACUUGUCUGACACUGAGAUUCAGCGCGAAAUUGGCAUCAGUAACCCUCUUCAUCGACUCAAGCUGAGACUUGCCAUACAAGAGAUGGUAUCUCUGACCAGUCCCUCAGCACCUGCCACUUCUCGCUCGUCAACCAGCAACGUGUGGAUGACACAUGCAGAAAUGGAGUCACUGACAACCACUACAAAACCGGAGAUGAAAGAGAUUAGCUGGGACCAGAUCCUAGCCUACGGUGACAUGAACCAUGAGUGGGUUGGAAAUGACUGGUUGCCAAGUCUGGGCCUGCCCCAGUAUCGUAGCUACUUCAUGGAGUCUCUGGUGGAUGCUCGUAUGCUAGAUCACUUGACCAAAAAGGAGCUGCGAGGCCAGCUGAAGAUGGUGGAUAGUUUUCAUCGAGUUAGUCUUCAUUAUGGAAUCAUGUGUUUAAAGAGACUGAAUUAUGACAGGAAAGAACUGGAGAGACGAAGAGAAGAAAGUCAACACCAAACCAAAGAUGUAAUGGUGUGGUCAAACGAAAGGGUGAUGUGUUGGGUGCAGGAGAUUGGACUGAAGGAAUAUGCAGAUAAUUUGCAGGAAAGUGGUGUCCAUGGAGCUCUUCUUUCAUUGGAUGAGACUUUUGACUUCAAUGACCUAGCCUUGUUAUUACAGAUCCCUACUCAGAAUACGCAGGCACGUCAGUUACUGGAAAAGGAAUACAAUACUCUGAUAUCUGCAGGGACUGAACGUCGGCCAGAUGAGGAUGGUACCAAGACAUUUACACGGUCCCCAUCAUGGCGAAAAAUGUUCCGUGAGAAGGACCUUCGAGGUGUGACAUCAGACUCAUCAGAGACACUUCCUGCCAACUUCAGAGCUUCAGCCCUGGCAACUCCCAGUGUGACAUUACGAAAGGUUCAGUCAGAGGUAAACUCAUCCAGCUCACCACGUGGGGAAUCUGGAUCGGUGCGGACUUAUUCAUGUUAAUAGUGCCAAUGACUAAAUGGUCACUUUUUCACUUUGAUUUUUUUAUCAAUGAGGCAAUAACCAUGACAGAGGGAGCAACAGAACAAGACAGGAUAAAAAGAAAAGGAUUUUUUUGCAGAAACAAAAAGUGUUGGGUUGGAGGGAGUAAAUAAAUGCAAGAAAGAAUCGAGAAGCCAAGGAGCCUAGUGGAGGAAACGUGAAUGAAACACAGUUCUGUGAUGUACUCUCAAACAUUGUGUCUAUAUUGAGCCCAGAUUAAGAAAGUAUAAACUGAGUUUAUUGGAGUGUGAUUUGGUGCACCAACCAAAAAAAAAGUCAGGAUCCCAGCAGUCAUUGCAAAUCUGAAGCUUGAAUGCUAUGUUGUAGCCACCAUGUCUGCUUUAUAUCUCAAGGAUAUGGUGCAGUACCUCUCUGGAAAUUGAUUUCGUCAUCAUUCAAAAGCUACUACACCAUCAAUGGCAGCACAUUCUUACCUAAACCUGUUCAACUGUGCAUGAUGUCUACUGAAGUGGAUGAGCUGCUGGCUUAAAGUAUUGAUGCAUCUCUAGGAAACAGUCUUGCCAGGCUUAAUGAAUAUUUCAAUUGUUUCCUGGUUUGUAGCCACCUGAAUCCAGUGAAUGUGUCCAAUUGUAUUCUUUGUACUUGUAUGGGUACUCCUGUCUUGAUGGAGGCACUCUUAUGUGUCUAGGUGCUCUUUUUGUGUGAUCCUGUCUGUCUAUAACUUUCAGUGUGGGAAAAUGCUCUGACCUGAUUAUCUUCACUCCCUAAAGAACUGUACCCAUCAUACUUGGCUUGCAGUGUGAUUUCAGCACAAUCAUUAUAUUUCUACAGGUAACAAUUUGCUAUAGUCGGGUCCUAGGGCAACUAAUGUGUUACUCAAAGAGAAAGCACAUCUUCAUUCUAUGUAAAAAUUAUAUAAUUAAAUCAUGAUUUGUUAUCUUGUAAAAUUAAAAUAAGGGAGUAUAUUGGGAUCACCAUUUAAGUGACUGUUGUAUGUUUUUUUUUGUUCUGUUUGUUUGUUUUAACUCAUUUGAUCUGUUUUGAGAACUUUGCACUUUUCUUUAUACUACAGGUAUUGUUUAAAAAAAAGGUGUUUCUGUCAUUGUCACUUGUUUCUGAUGGAUUCUCUUUUUACCUUUCUAUCCAUUUCAUUGUUGUUAGAUUUUAGCUGCUAUGUGACUAACAAGCUGAAUUCUGUAGGAAUUCAUUGAUGAAAAUAUUGUAUUUUGCUCACUUGCUGUUUUUACUGUUUUCAAAAUCAUUAUCAGAUCAAUUAAUUAAUGCUUUUUUUCUUAUACAGUGCUUUUAUUGUAAGUGAUAUCACUGAACAGAAAAUAACUAAGAGCAAAAACUUUUAGUGAUUUUUUUCUGGUUUGUCUCUGGUGUAUAUUAAGGCAAAACAGAUAUAAAUAUAAUAUGAUAUUUUUUAUUGUUUUCAUCAAGAUGAUUAAAUAGAAAAAAAAUAGUAUAGAUUAUCUAAUAUUAAAAUAGUGUACCCAACUCUAAUCUGCUGUUGGGAUGUCCAUCUUAUAAAAAUAGGACAACCUUCCCUGGAACAGUCAUAAAGAAACCGUAGUCAUGCUCAUCCUGGAUAAACUUACUGAAUUAAUUACUGAAGUAUGAAACAAAUUGGCAGACAGAUUUAACAAGUGAUAGAAAAUCCUGCGCUGUUGAUCCCUGAUAGGUGACUUUAUUCCCUUUUGCAGAUUGACUUUAAAAGACGUCAUGUUCUUUGCUGGCUUGGUUAUUAACUUGUUACACAGAAUCUGAAAAUUAUUUGGUUGUCUCUAGCAGGCUUCUUGCAAUGUACAUAAGUCACUACUAUUGCUACUGGUAUUUUUGGCAAUAUAGACUUUUCUGAGGUUGCUAGGUGCUCUGAUUCACUAUCAAAAAACUGAGUGUUACCAAUUUACUGAUUUAUUUUACAAUGAUAAUGUGAAUUUUUUGAAGUAUAGUCACAAGCUGCCUUUAACUUAUAUUAAGCUGGAAAAUAAAUAAAAAGCCAAUACAAACCUUCUA